GCGCAGCCGCCGUCGCUCCUCAGUCUCCACGGUAACGCGCGGAGGCCAAGCGUCUCGCCAUGAGCGCCCGGCUCGCGUGGGCCGCGUGGGCUUGGGGUGCCUGUGGCCGUCGCGGCGCCUCGAGCUUCCGGAUGCCUCCGCCGGGCGUGGACGUGGCUGAGCUGCUGCGGGACACGACGGCAGUGGUGGAGGCGCCCUGGCCUGCCACAGCCCGCCGGCCCCCGGCGCAGUGCUCGGUGCUGCUGUUCCCUGGCCAGGGCAGCCAGGAGGUCGGCAUGGGCCGCGGCCUGCUUGGCUUUCCCCGCGUCCGCCAGCUCUACGAGGCUGCGCGCCACGUGCUGGGCUACGACCUGCUGGAACUCUGCCUGCACGGGCCGCAAGAGGACCUGGACCGCACGGUGCACUGCCAGCCUGCCGUCUUCGUGGCUUCACUGGCCGCUGUGGAGAAACUCCAUCACCUGCAGCCCGCGGUCAUUGAGAACUGUGUUGCUACUGCUGGGUUCAGUGUAGGGGAGUUCGCAGCGCUGGUGUUUGCUGGAGCCAUGGAAUUUUCUGAAGGGCUGUAUGCAGUAAAGGUCAGAGCUGAAGCCAUGCAGGAAGCAUCGGAGGCUGUCCCCAGUGGGAUGCUGUCUGUCCUCGGCCAACGGCAGUCCAACUUCUCCUUCGCCUGCAUGGAAGCCCGGGAACAUUGCAAGUCUUUGGGCAUAGAGGAUGCAGUGUGUGAGGUGUCCAACUACCUCUUUCCUGAUUGUAGGGUCAUCUCCGGACACCUUGAGGCCCUGAAGUUUCUGCAAAAGAAUUCUGCUAAGUAUCACUUCAGACGGACCAAACUGCUACCUGUGAGUGGUGGCUUCCACACCCGCCUCAUGGCACCAGCUGUGGAACCCCUGACACAGAUUCUAGACACAAUUAACAUCAAGAAGCCUCUGGUUGCUGUGCAUGCCAAUGUUAGUGGAAAUAGGUACAUGAAUCCCCAGCACAUCCGGAAGCUGCUGGGGCAGCAGGUGGUCUCCCCGGUGAAGUGGGAGCAGACAAUGCACUCCAUCUACCAGAGGAAGAAGGGCACCGAGUUCCCCAGCACAUUUGAAGUGGGGCCGGGGCGGCAGCUGGGAAGCAUAUUAAAGAGCUGUAACCUGCAGGCCUGGAAGUCCUACAGCCAUGUGGACGUCAUGCAGACCAGCACCAACCCUGACCUGGACCCAGAGUCUCCACAGUGACCACCGAGAGGCUUGAAUGGGAUGGCCCCCAGUCUGUGGGCUUUAGGACAGCCAGUAGCCUGCACCUGCCUCGCUUCCCCCCGACCCCUGAGGGAUGGACAGGGGCUGUUGGUGAAGUCCUUUGAGGGUCACAGUCUGUAACCAGCCCCUUCUUCCCCUGGCAAAAUGUCUGGCUGCUAGAGAAAAGAGCUCCUGUUCAAGUUAUGUGCCGAGCUGCCAUCUGCUACCUCUUCAAGGACUGGCCUGGGGCAGACUUGCACCUGCCCUGUGGGUGCUGUGGACACUGCCUGGCCUCAAGCCAGGACUGUGUCAGAGGCUUUGUCUGCUGCCUGCAGCAUGCCAGCCACCCAAGGCCAGGAUCUUAGCUCCUCUGGCCUUGGAUCUGAACCCAGCAGACCUUGGCAGCCACUCUGUCCUCCCCUCACUCAAUAGGCGGUUGACUCCAGGAAGUACACAUUAAGUGCCUACUGUAUGCCCCAGAGCGGGCAGUCUCUUCCCUUCUCUUCUCCAAGAGACUUGGAGAAUGUAUAAGGUGUGGGCUGUGCCUGGACAGGGAGGGUAGCCAGAUACCUUGACCCUCUGGGCUAGCCGCAGCUCCCUGUGAAAGAACCUCUUCCCUCACCCCCACCAAGUCAUCCACAGGACAGUGGUCACUGCAGUCUCUGGCCAGGUGCAGCCAAGGCCUCCCUCAGAGAGCAGCCCCCUCCAGAGCAGGGGCAGAGCAAGGCUCCUGGAGGGAUGCCCAUUAAAUGUGACUCUUCUAA